AUGACGACUAUUCACCCGGAGUCCACUGCGGACUUCGACUUCAUACAAACCCCGGACGCCCCUGAGCCGACCAAGCCAGCCUUUGACUGCGGCGUGCGAACCACCUUGUACCCUGCUAUCAAAAAUGCCCCCGUUCCUGCAGACUCUCCUGGAAGUGACAGCUUCUCCAAUGGUUUGAUGAUUGCGCUUGUUGUGAUGGUACCCUGGUGGCUUGCUCGCCAAGUCAGCGGAGGGUUCUAUACCACCAUCUUCUUUGCGAUCUUCACUACUGUUCCUGUUCUAAUGGCUUUCUGGACUGUGUCAUCUUCAAUUUCACCCCGCAAGACCGAGAAGGCCAAGUACUGUGGCCGCCCUGUGGAGUACUACCUGAACUUCCACAGCGAGCGUGACAAGGCCACCUACAACGGCAAGAGCAAGAUCCCCAUGGAAGUCUUCUACGAGAAGUACUUCAAUGGUGAGGUUGACUUUAAGAUUGAUGCUUUGGAGGCAUUGGAGUAUCGCCAUGAUUGGGCCAACUUCAAGUUCACCAUGGGCCUGUUCAAGCACUUCCUUUUUGGUUUCAUUCCUGAGCUACUGUUGCACACUCGUUCCCAGGACGAGGAGCAGGUUCGUGAUCACUACGACCGCGGUGACGACUUCUAUGCAUGGUUCCUCGGCCCCCGCAUGAUCUAUACCUCCGGUAUCAUUGGCGACGUCAACAAAGAAGAAACUCUCGAGGAAUUACAAGACAAUAAGCUGGCCGUUGUCUGUGAGAAGAUUGGUGUGCAGCCUGGCGAUAGGCUUCUUGAUCUUGGUUGUGGUUGGGGUACCCUCGCCAAAUACGCUUCCGUUCACUAUGGUGCCCACGUCACUGGUAUCACGCUUGGUCGCAACCAGACUGCAUGGGGUAACAAUGGUCUCCGCAAAGCUGGUAUUGAGGAGUCUCAGAGUCGUAUCGUUUGCACCGAUUACCGCGAUACUCCUCGUGUUGAGGGUGGUUACCAGAAGAUUACCUGUCUCGAGAUGGCUGAGCACGUUGGUGUUCGCCACUUUUCCACAUUUUUGAACCAGGUCUACGAUAUGCUUGACGAUGAUGGUGUUUUCUUCCUCCAGAUUGCUGGUCUCCGUAAGUCCUGGCAGUACGAGGAUCUGAUUUGGGGUCUGUUCAUGAACAAGUACAUCUUCCCCGGCGCCGAUGCUUCCACUCCUCUCGGAUUUGUUGUCGACCGUCUUGAGGGUGCUGGGUUUGAGAUUAAGGGUAUUGACACUAUCGGUGUUCACUAUUCUGCGACCCUUUGGCGUUGGUACCGGAACUGGAUGGGUAACCAAGACAAGGUUGAGGCGAAGUAUGGCAAGCGCUGGUUCCGUAUCUGGGAGUACUUCCUUGCUGCUUCUACUAUCACUUCUCGCCAAGGUGGUGCCACUUGCUGGCAACUGACCCUUGUUAAGAACAUCAACUCUACACACCGUGUUGAGGGUAUCCAGUCCCAGUUUGGUCUUGCUGGUGCUCGCCAGGCUGCUAUUGACCGUGCUAACGGCACCCUGCCCAAGGCGCAUAUCGUCAAGAAGGAUCUGUAA